AGGGCCAGCAGACAGCUGACACCGGUUCACAGCAACAAGUGGUUCCUGCUGACAUGAAGUUAGGACCUGCAGAGGGACAACAAACAGGGUUCACGCUCCUGAAUGCUCGGCUGAAUUGAUCUGGAUUUUUUCCCCCACCAUUUAGCUGAAAUUUAAAAGGACUUGGUGCUCACAGUCUGCUUCCUGCGACCACAGCCUGCUCCGUCAACUUCUCCACAUGCAUCAGAACAUCCCCCGGCAUGCCUUCACUCCCGUCCUGCAGCAGUCCUCGAGCAUCCUGCCAAAUCCAGCAUUGAUGGGACCUCAGGACAGAAAUUUUAACACAAACCUGCCCGGACAAACAAUGAGGACUUUCUUUGCACCCAUCACAGCCUCGCACAGAGCAACAACUAGAUCCUCUAACUCAACAAUACGAGGGAGAUGGGGCGCACUGCACGUGUGUAUUGCGUGGAAAAUUUACCACCACAAACAACUCAAGAAAUUGCAACAAAUGCACAGCAGUCAACAGGAGCUGACACCUGAGUGUCCUGCUAGCAGUCCCUCUGCCUCUGUGCAACAAAAGGAACUACACCAGCCGUGUGCACACCCAUGUUCAGGUGGAAGUAAGAGUGAAACUACAAGCUGUGACUGUUCUGUCUCUGACCUUCAAACGCCUCCACCAGUGUCUACCCACAGCCGUGGGUACAGGGAGAAACUUGACUGUGAGAAGCAGGACCAGCACUCAACACCUGAUAAGAAAGAGAAACACCAGAUCCACCAAUCUAGCCCAACAAAGAAUUUACCUCAUAAAGAGAAGUUCAGGGAAUUAAUAGUCACUUCUGACCUUGAUGGCAGACACAGCGGAUCGCUCGACAGGAAGAGGCAGUUUGAGUGUGAAGGCAUCAACAAAGCAAAGAGAAUGAGGCACGAAAUGUCCAACAGUCCGUUUGGUUCUUCUCAGACGUUGCAGUAUUAUCCAUCUCCAUUCAUGACAACUUAUACACAUCCACCAGCACACAACAUGCAAGUGCAACACACUAACAUGAGUGAUUGCUCUUUCCUGUAUCCUAACAGCAUUAGAUUUAACGCGUCUUAUCCAGACACCAAGACGCAUCCCUGCCAGACUUCUUCAUGGGAGACAAUGAGGGACACACACAGUUUCCAUUUUAGGAAACACACCCUUAAAGACUACUCACUGAAUACCUGCAAGGCAAUCAGGAAACCUCUUGUAGCAAGAGGUAUCACGUCACCUCUUUAUUUCCUUCGAGUGAGGGAGACACUUCUGUCGAGAGAAGUGUCAACACCGCUGCAGACGCCAGCGGCCUCAUACUGGCUCUGAUGCAGUAUUGGGACCCUGAGUCUCCAGAGUAGGCUCAGAAAGGGAGAGCUCACAUUCUCAAAUUUCAUCUCUCACUUCAGUUUUAUUUAUACCGAGCCAAAUAAAAACAGUCACCUCAAGGCACUAGGAAUCUCUGAGUAAUCAGCCAGAGUGGGAGAAAGCACCUCUGACAGAACCAGGUUCAUCGAGGGCAAGCAUGUCCUGGAACUGGGUGAAGUGAAGGAAAAAUUAAGGAUGAUGGAAAAAACAGCAACAUUUCAAACUCUUAAAGACAUAAAACAAUGGCUUAUAAAUGCAUGUUGAAUGUUUUCAAGGAAGGUCUCCCAGCAGUCUGAGCCAUUUGCUUCAUAGCUGAAGGGUUGAUCCAGCUCUGAAUGUAAGCUUAACCUAAAAGCUAAGUUUAAUCCAAUCUUAAAAGCAGACUGGGUUCCCUAACUCAAGCUGGGAGCUGGUAACAGAGAUCAUUAGGACAUGAUGGGUACUAUGAGGUAUUUAAAAAUAUAUAUUUACAGCGCCUGUCUUGUGUUCACUGGUCAUUUAGGUUUCUGUGGUACUCCACAGUGAGCAGCACUGAUUAUUUACACCUUAAAGUGUAAGCAGAUUCAUGUUCAUGUGCUUACUUUUUUUAAGUUGGGCUCAGGUUGGCCUCUAAAAAAAAACCUGGUAAAUGAAAAACUGCCGAUUUAUGGAGUUUAUGGAGAUUCUGUCUGUAAGACUGUAUUUUGCACAUAAGCUUUGAGCUAAAUGCUAAAAGUGAGGAUGUAUGAAUAGAUGUGGAUUAACCCUCAUUAGCAUCCCUAAAACCACAAAGAGACACAAAAACAUGGCACGAUCUUUUCUUGUUUCAAAAAUGUAUUUAACUGUGUAACAAUAAAAUUCAACAAAGGUCACAACAAAAAAUAAAGUCUUCGGAAUUCA